AUGACAGGUAUGUUCACACCUCAAAUUUGGGCUUCCUUUGUUGUUUUAAUCCACAACCCCUGCAUAUAGAGUCUAUGAAUUGCAGACAGUAUUGCUUUUGAUAAUAUCUUCUCUUAAUGUCGAUAGUUUUGGUCUUGAAAGCUUUUAUACUUGUCUGUUUUGGAUGUUGAUCAUCCCCACAGCUGGGACAGGGAUUGCAUAUUAAUUUGUCAUAUUCUGCAUAUGUACCCCAAGGUAUCUAUGAAUAGUCUCACUGUUGUAGGCCUAUUUGAUGAAGGAUGUUUAGCCUAUAGAAAUAUCUCAUUCUAGUGGUUUAGUCUACACGGUAAUCCAUUUGAAGUGUAUAAAAUAUCAGUGAGAGGAGUGCCCAUAAUGUUCUCCUUUCCCCUAGAUUUUAAGCUUGGUGCAGCAGAGGUUUGGACUUCAAGGCAGGCGCUUCAGGACUUGUACCAGAAGAUGCUGGUGACUGACCUGGAGUAUGCUUUGGACAAGAAAGUGGAGCAAGAUCUGUAAGCCCCAGUUUACAUGACAUUGAUUAUGUUAUGAAACCGAUCAGCCAGCCUACUACUAUUGCUACUCUUGCUAGGUCUAGGUGUCUUAGUCUCGCUUCUUAACUUUUAGAUGGUCCUAAUUUUAUAAUGAAAAAAUGUUUUGGUGUCUUUCUGAAACACAUCUGAAGGUCACAUAACUAUAUGUUGUGGUAUGUAUUUCUGUUUCAUUGACAGUCAUUUGACCCAUAUGCCUAAUGUCAAAAUACUGUCUUUAGUCCAGUAGUUCUUAAGCUAGUUGAAUGACCUUAUAACUGGAAAUUACAUUUGUAAGAUUGCAAGACAACUAUAAAGAAAGUAGAUAAGUUUAGUGAGUCAGCUUGCGUUCAAGCACAAUACAGCUAUUGUAUUGUUGGAAUUAGAUGGAUUAUCAUCAGCUGUUUGAUUAAACUCUGAAACUAGAAAUUAUACGUUGAUUUGAUUUUCUCACAAUUUUUCAGCUGGAACCAUGCUUUUAAAAAUCAAAUAACAACACUACAGAGUCAAGCCAAGAACCGAGCCAACCCCAAUAGAAGUGAAGUGCAGGCCAAUCUGUCCCUAUUUCUUGAGGCAGCUAGUGGAUUCUACACACAAGUAAGUUACAACUACAAUGUAGCCUAACUAGGGUUGGCAUAAUUGCCAUAUAACUGUGUAACAGAUGUUUAUGGAUGAAGACCGUCAUGAAAAUAAAAUGUAAUAACCGUAAAAACAAGUGUGGAUAGAUAGAUAUAGAGAGAGAUGUAUAUAUCUCUAUAUAGUACAUUCGGAAAGUAUUCAGAACCCUUCACUUUUUCCACAUUUUGUUACAUUACAGCCUUGUUCUAAAAUGGAUUAAAUUGUUUUUCAUCAAUCUACACACAGUACCCCAUAAUGACAAAGCAAAAACAGGCAUACAUUUUUGCGAAUUUAUAAAAAACGGAAAUAUGACAUUUACAUAAGUAUUCAGACCCUUUACUCAGUACUUUGUUGAAGCACCGUUGGCAGCGAUUACAGCCACGAGUCUUCUUGGGUAUGAUGCUACAAGCUUGGCACACCUAUAUUUGGGGAGUUUCUCCUAUUCUUCUCUGCAGAUCCUCUCAAGCUCUAUCAGGUUGGCUGGGGAGCGUCGCUGCACAGCUAUUUUCAGGUCUCUCCAGAGAUGUUCGAUCUGGUUCAAGUCCGGGCUCUGGCUGGACCACUCAAGGACAUUCAGAGACUUGUCCUGAAGCCACUCCUGCGUUGUUUUGGCUGUGUGCUUAGGGGCGUUGUCCUGUUGGAAGGUGAACCUUCGCCCCAAUUUGAGGUCCUGAGCGCUCUGGAGCAGGUUUUCAUCAAGAAUCUCUGUACUUUGCUCCGUUCAUCUUUCCCUCGAUCCUGACUAGUCUCCCAGUCCCUGCCGUUGAAAAACAUCCCCAUAGCAUGAUGCUGCCGCCACCACACUUCACCGUAAGGAUGGUAUUGGCCAGGUGAUGAGCGGUGCCUGGUUUCCUCCAGACGUGACGCUUGGCAUUCAGGCCAAAGAGUUCAAUCUUGGUUUAAUCAGACCAGAGAAUCUUGUUUCUCAUGAUUUGAGAGUACUUUAGUUGUCUUUUGGCAAACUCCAAGCGGGCUGUCAUGUGCCUUUUACUGAUGAGUGGCAUCCGUCUGGCCACUACCAUAAAGGCCUGAUUGGUGGAGUGCUGCAGAGAUGGUUGUCCUUCUGGAUAGUCCUCCCAUCUCAUUUACAUUUACAUCAUUUAGCAGACGCUCUUAUCCAGAGCGACUUACAUCUCCACAGAGGAACUCUGGAGCUCUGUCAGUGACCAUUGGAUUCUUGGUCACCUCCCUGACCAAGGCCCUUCUCCCCCGAUUGCUCCAUUAAUUUGGACAGGGACAAUGUACAACAUAAGUCACAAGCUUGAUGUAUUCAUUGCGUGCUAUGAAUUUUGGACCAAUACUUUUGGUCCCCUAAAAUUGGGGGACUAUGUACAAAAAGUGCUGUAAUUUCUAAAUGGUUUACCCGUGAUGGAUGAAAAUACCCUCAAAUGAAAGCUGUCAGUCUGCUAUUUAACCUCAUAGUCAUUGUAGAAUUUCAAAUCCAAAGUUCUGGAGUACAGAGCCAAAACAACAAGAAUUGUGUCACUGUCCCAAUACAUUUGUAGCUCCCUUUCUAAACAUGAAAACAUUCUAUACAAAAGAACAACAUUCAUACAUCAGACAUUUAAAAGAAAAAGUCAGGACAUAGACAAGUGUCAAUACAUUACACAUGAAAUGACGUCAGAAUGACAGAUAAAGCACAGCUCGUCUGCUCUUAAUAAUACUUGAUCCUGGCCUCUAACAGUUACUACAGGAGCUGUGUACUGUGUUCAACGUGGACUUGCCUUGCCGUGUGAAGUCAUCUCAGCUUGGAAUUAUCAGCAAUAAACAGACCAACACCAGCACCAUUGUAAAACCCCAACCCAGCUCUUGCUCUUAUAUCUGCCAGCAUUGUCUCGUCCACCUUGGAGACAUCGGUGAGUGUUUUCACAUUAUCGCUACAAAAUAAAUUCACUGGGCAGAUCAUUUUGUGGUUAAUAUUUUUUAGCAGACACUGAAGCAGUGCUUUGAGGUGUUUUGCUUAUCUGCUUCUCCCCCCCUUCCAGCACGAUAUCGCAACCAAACCAGCCAAGCAGAGUCCUAUUACAGACACGCAGCUCAACUUGUCCCUUCAAAUGGUAAGUACUUUAUACAGAAGUUUUAAUGUACAGUAUUUGUUUAACGGUACACACAGCAUCAAUGUGCUUCUUUGCACAUUCCCAAAUUUCACCUGACAAGGAAAUCAUUUCAGGAUAUUAAGUCUUCUGUUGAUCUGUCAAUGUCUCUCCUCUCCAAAAGGUCAGCCUUACAAUCAGCUGGCCAUCCUGGCCUCCUCUAAAGGGGACCACCUCACAACGAUAUUCUACUACUGUAGGAGCAUCGCCGUCAAGUUCCCUUUCCCUGCAGCCUCCACCAACCUGCAGAAAGCUCUAGCUAAAGCUGUUGAAAGGUAUCAUUGAGCGUUUUUAUUGUAGCCUCAUUUCAAGAGGUGUUAUGCUUAGCUGUAUCUAUUUUCCCACCUUUAUCAACCAUCAUUUGGGAUGGGACUAAUGAGCAGUUUGAUUUCCAUCUUAACCGGUGUUGAUAUCACCCAGCUGGUUUACAGUGUGUAGACUUUAGGAACUGAACUUGUUCUAUGUAUACUUAAUCCCUGUCUCUUGUCUUCAGCCGCGAUGAGGUCAAAACAAAGUGGAGUGUGUCAGAUUUCAUCAAGGCCUUCAUCAAGUUCCAUGGUCACGUUUACCUGAGCAAGAGUCUGGAGAAGCUUAACAACCUGAGGGAAAAGCUGGAAGAACAGUUUCAGGUAAUGUUUUAAAGUAAAGUUUAAAUCCUCGCAUACUUUGUGAAGGGGAACUAAGGAUAUAGACCUUUCAAACCAAUAUGUUUUUCAAACAACUUAAGCAUCCCGACAACUUUUUGCAGACUUUUCUUUAUAGAUGAAAGGUAUUGCUGGUGACAAAGCAUCUACUUUUAUUUCCGCCAACCGACCUAGUCAUGAUUGCGGUAAUGUUCUGCCUACGGCUUAGUAUGAACUGUAGCUGUAAUGCUGAGGCGGCAUUGGCACGCACUAUGCUCUUAAGGUCUUGAUGGUUGCUAGGCAGCGCCCGUUACUACUAUCCACCUGGCAGUUCUAAACUUUGCAAGGGAUGUCUCUUCACUUAUCUUUUCGCAUAGCCCACCACAUGCACUGUUUUCUUAACCACAACUGGAUGGAUCCAUAUAUAAUUCCUGUUGGAAUAAAUAUCACUGAAUUACAAAAAUAUUGAAUAAAGUAGGCUAAUGCAAUUGAAGGCAUCAAAUUGUUGAAAUUGGCAAAGUUAUCCAAUUGUUAUAAUACAUUUGAAGCAAUAGCCUAUACCCGCGUGUGGUCCAUUAUUUCAGCACCGUUUCGCGUUGCUUUGAGACAAGCGUGGGGACUCGAUCGUCUUGAUAAAUCAAUCAAUGUCAGAUUUUUCUUUUCACUGAAUCGCUGUUUGGAUAUUGGUUAGGCUACAGUUAGGCUGGGUAAAUGUUAGCUAGGUUGAGCUGAGUGCUGCUCAUGGUCAUCUUGUCCAGUUGGCUCAUCUAUUAGAAAAUGUUGCCAUGUUAUAAUAAUAAUAUGCCAUUUAGCAGACUCUUUUAUCCAAAGCGACUUACAGUCAUGCAUGCAUAAAUUUUUUGUGUAUGGGUGGUCCCGGGGCUCGAACCCACUACCUUGGCGUUUCAAGCGCCGUGCUCUACCAGUUGAGCUACAGAGGACCACAUGUACACUGAACAAAAAAUAAACGCAAUAAGUGCUGGUCCCACAUUUCAUGAGCUGAAAUAGAAGAUCCCAGAAGUUUUCCAUACGCACAAAAGCUUAUUUCAAAAAAUUAAUAUGCACAAAUUUGUAUACAUCCCUGUUAGUGAGCAUUUCUCAUUUGCCAAGAUAAUCCAUCCACCUGACAGGUAUGGCAUAUCAAGAAGCUGAUUAAACAGCAUUAUCAUUACACAGGUGCACCUUGUGCUGGGGGCAACAAAAGGCCACUCAAAAAUGUACAGUUCUGUCACACAACACCACAGAUGUCUCACGUUUUGAGGGAGUGCGCAAUUGGCAUGUUGACUGCAGGAAUGUCCACCAGAUCUGUUGCCAGAGAAUUAAAUGUUUAUUUCUCUACCAUAAGUAGAGAUAUGUACCUCUUCUAUGAAAGUCUUUGCAUUACUGCACUAAACAAGCUAUGGGCCGGUUUCCCAGACACUGAUUGAGCCUAGUCCUGGACUUAAAAAUAUUCUCAAUGGAGAAUCUACUUUGCAAGUACUUUUUAGUUCAGGGCUUAAUCUUUGUCCAGGAAACUGCCCAAAGAUGUCUGAAGCUACCCCAAUUCCAUAUAUAACACCAUUGUUUUUUUUUGCAGAGGCUGAUUCUGCAGAAAGCCUUCAGCUCCCAGCAGCUGGUCCACAUCACAAUUAUCAACAUGUUUGAGCUGCACCAUCUGAGGGACUUCGGCAACGAAGCAGACGACCAGACCUUCAGCUCCGAGGAGCAAAUCGGCUGGUUCCAACUUCUCGGCCUCUUCAGUAUGUCCCCCAACUCCAAUUGUCUCUCAAUAUGCACGAGACAACUUACCUUGUGAAUGACAUGCCUGUUUGUGGUUAUGCAGCUGCUGUUUUUAGAUUUGGAGUUUUACUUGCUUUAUUUUAUAAUCUGGAAGUACGGAUAACUGAUUUGAUAACAUCCAUCUUAGAUUUAACUGUGUCAACUGCAGGGUGCUUUCUCACGGCCCCACUAGUAAGAUUACCUCUAACUCUUUUCUCGACCUCACUCUCUGUGGAAUUGGAAUUAUUCAAGGAGCCAGGUUGUUGGUGGUGGUGUUUUAAUGUGGUGUUUAAUCUUCCUUUCCCACAGUGUCAUUUCUGGGUGUCAUGUGUAGCCGGGCACUGCUGAACAAGAACCGAGGAGAGGAGAUCAUGGGAGAAUGUCCAUUGCCGGCCAUCAAGGUGUCCCUGGACUGGCUCAAACUACGACCAACCGUUUUUCAGGACGGUGCCGUGGACAGACGACAGUAGUAUGUGUAUCUUUUCUCUUUCAAUGUCACUGUUUGCCCUCUAGGUGUUUAGUUAGAUACAUUCUGCCUGUCUGAUAUUGUAGCAUAUUGUAUUGUUUACUCGUUUUGGACUCUUUCUUUUAGAUCUUAGCAAUAGCAGUAAUACUUUUGAAUGUGGUUUUGGAAUGUCUGCAUUUAGUUAAACAAGAUUUUGCUCUUAUUUCACCUUAGUGUUUGGCCUUGGCUGGUGUCUAUUCUGAACAGUUUCCAACCGAAGGAAGAUGAUGUUUCCUGUGCAUCAGGUAAUGGCCAUUCGAUAUCUCUGCUUUUGAUACGCACAUUUUCUCACAUUUUGUUGAUUGUCUCUAAUGUCCCUUACCUCUCUUCCAGUGACUCCACUUCCAGAGGAGUUUGAACUGCAGGGGUUUUUGGCUCUCAGACCAGCUCUACGGUACAUACACUACAUACCCUUUUGUCUCAGCCUCUCUUCCAUAUAGAAUGUGGGGUUGUGUGCAUACCAUGUUCCACGUUUUCUUGUAUUAACCCUGGUCUGUUUUGGUGUACUCCUUUUCCAGGACCCUUGACUUCACUAAAGGCCACCAGGGUGUUGCUGUGGACAAGGAGGGUCUGCCAGUCCGUGCCCGUCACCAGAGGCUCAUCAGCCUGGGGAAAUGGGUGGCAGACAACCAGCCAGGGUGAGUCUUCCUCUCUCUACCCACUACUGUUUUAAAGACUUAUUAUGAACUACCACAUCCAUAUAGACAAUAUAAAAGUAGUUUCCAUCUUCGAAUAAUUGCGUACUUUUAAAAGAUGCAACAGUAUUUUACAAGGCCUGUGUUUACGUUGGACUCCCAUGUACAUUGGACAAUAAAGUAAUCUGUGUGUUUCAGGCUGAUUCAGUACAAAGUCAGCGACGGCCUGCUGCUGUUCGUCACCGACAUUGAGGAACUGGCCAUCGAAGAGCCCCAAGAGAAGGAUGCCCCUGUGCUCCAGGAGUCCUCCAAUGGAGAGCAGACCCCCAACGAGGGCAACAUGGGCUUGAAGUCAGUCCUGUCCAUCGGCAAGACCCAGAACAGCGUGUUGGAGAUCGGCGAGAGGCCCGUGGUGACCUUCAAGGAGAACAUCAAGCCCCGGGAGCAGAGCAGGGAUCCCAGCCGCAUCCACCACCAGAAGGAGGCAGGGAAGGAACGGAGGGAGUUCGGCAAAGGCAACGGCGCGCCGGGAAAAGGAGAGCAGAAGCGGGAUGGCAAGAGGAAGAGUGAGGUGAAGAAGAACAGCCAUGAGAAAGCUACAGACGCAGGGAAACAGGUCAAACAAAUGCAUUGUUUUUCUUUAAGUUGGGAUAUAUCCUGUGAUUGUAUGUAUGUGUCCCAAAUUGCACCCUAUUCCCAAUAUAGUGUAUUACUUUUGACCAGAGCCCUAUGGGAUGCAGACAUGUUUACUGUGGUUGAAGGCUUAACUACCUUACUGAGUUUGUGUGUCUUUGUGCAGGUGAAAGCCCAGCCGGAGAUGAGGAAGACGCCAGUGUCUGAGGCCAGGAAGACUCCAGUCACUCAGACCCAGACUACCUGCUCCUCCCAGUUCAUCCCUAUCCACCACCCGGGAGCCUUCCCUCCCCUGCCCAGCCGACCAGGUACCAGCGCCACCUCUCACAGUGAUCACAGUGCCUAGAUUGAACAGUUUCACACGUAAAAUAUUUUUGGGAUCUGAGAGUAGCGAAUAACCUUCUGUUUUAUUUGUAAACUGUUCGCAGUUCAAUUGUAUUCUGCCAUGUGAAUUAAUUAAAUGAACUUGAUCUUUCCAGGUUUCCCCCCUCCGGCCUAUGUGAUCCCUCCUCCCGUGGCGUUCUCCAUGAACCCCGGCUUCACCUUCUCUACGGGAAUGUCUGUCCCCGGGCCGUUCCUGCAGUCGUCCUCCCACCCUCAGCAGCCCGGUGCCCAGCAGGUAAAGGGAGACGUGCUCAACUCUAAGGUCCAGAAUACAGGACACAGUUUAAGCUUAAUCCUGGAUUUAAAAGGACUUUUAAUGGAGAAUCUCCAUUGAAAAGGCCUUUUAGUCCAGGACUAUGUUUAAUUUGGGAAAACACCACCUGAUCCUCUUGUGUAAACAAAUACAAAUGUGCUUGGAACCCAAAAAACUACAGCAUAAGAAAAAUGAAUAAUGUAUUUUUCAUGGCAUCCAGCAGGUGCAGGUUCAGGCUGGGAAGCCGUCACACAUUCCAUACAGCCAGCAGAGGCCGUCAGUGCCGGGGGCCAUGAACCAGGGGCCCCCCCAGGGCCAGCCCCAGCAACAGCCUUCCCAGGCCCAGCAGGCCAUGCAGCAGGUGCAGCUCCAGGUCCAGGCUCUUGUCCAACAGCAGCAGUCGCCCACCAAGCCUGUGCAGCCAGGACAGCAGGGCAAAAGCCCACCUCACCAUCCUGGGAUGCAGCAGGUACAUUUAUAGAUCACAAUGGUUCUGGGCUGGUAAGGAACUAAUAGAUAACAUCAGUCCAGUCUGUUGAGAGCCAAAAUUGUUAUUUACAGGAAUGAUAUUGUAUUCUGCUGGAAUGAAUGAGCUUGUCCGUUAGAGGCAGCUUUAAUGUUUUGCGUUGCAACUUGAAAUGUAUGACGAGCGUCAUGUUUUUCCUGCAUAGACUGUUUUUGUGCUGCAGGGGAAAAUGUAUGACAAGUGUACUGUUUUCCUCCUGACCAACAGUACAUGCAGGUAGAUCAGGCUGGACAGAUGUGGGGCCAGCACCAGGCCCAGCAGCACCAGGCCCAGCAGCACCAGACCCAGCAGCACCAGACCCAGCCCACCAUGCAGAAGAUGCAGGCCAUGCAGAUGCCUGUCAAGCAGCCCUACUACAUGGGAAGCGCCCAGGACCCCCUCAAGCUCUUUGAGCAGCAGCCGUAUGCCAUGCAGACGGUGCCCCAGCAGCAACAGCAGAACAGCAUGGACAAGAAGAUGAAGUACCCGGAUGUGAAAAUGCAGGAUUUUUACUGGGAGCCUUCCUACCGCAUGGGGGAUAGCAGACAGAUAGUGGGGGAGAGGAUGGGCAAGCGGCCGCCCCCCGGGGCCUUCCACCAAGACCAGGACAACGCACCUAGAGGGCCUCCCUUUGAGGUGAGUUUUGGUGAACUCCUCAACCACCUAGACCUAAAUUGCAUACCAAAUGGCACUCCAUUCUUUAUUUAGUGCACUACUUUUGACCGGGUGCCAUUUGGGACAAAGCGCUGCAAAUUAGGGAAUGGAGUGUUUUAAGGAGAAGAGAAGGAAGGGUUGUCGAAUAGGGUUGUUCUUAUACGCUUUAUUUUCUAUAACCAGUUUCCAUCCAACCUUUUUAUUGAGUAAAGUAUGUCGGAUUAAAAAAGUCAUGACCGGCCUGAUGGAAACAGAACAUUUGUCGGUAAACUUUCCAAAUGUCGACAAAACUAAAUACGCUGUUAAAAUUAAUUAUGCGAGAAAUGCUUUUAUGUGCACAUUUUGAAAUAAUAAUAAUAAUAUCGACGUAAACUUGGAGUCAGAUGAUGACGUGGUCCUCCCACUAUGUCGGGAAAGCAUGCAGUUUAUUAGGCUACAGAUAAGGCUAGAAAUAAGUUAUGAUGUACUUCACAGUGUGGUGAAAGUGCAAGGUGAUGAGCUUGAUGCUCUUUUCCAAUAUACAGCUCUGGAAAAAAGUAAGAGACCACUGCAAAAUGAUCAGUUUCUCUGGUUUUACUAUUUAUAGGUAUGUGUUUGGGCAAAAAUAACAUUAAAGUUUUAUUCUAUAAACUACUGACAACAUUUCUCCCAAAUUCCAAAUAAAAUAUUGUCAUUUAGAGCAUUUAUUUGCAGAAAAUGACAACUGGUCCAAAUAACAUAAAAGUUGCAGUGUUGUCAGACCUCGAAUAAUGCAAAGAAAAUAAGUUCAUGUUCAUUUUUAAACAACACAAUACUAAUGUUUUAACUUAGGAAGAGUUCAGAAAUCAAUAUUUGGUGGAAUAACCCAGAUUUUCAAUCACAGCUUUCAUGCGUCUUGGCAUGCUCUCCACCAGUCUUUCACAUUGAUGUUGGGUGACUUUAUGCAACUCCUGGCUCAAAUAUUCAAGCAGCUCGGCUUUGUUUGAUGGCUUGUGACCAUCCAUCUUCCUCUUGAUCACAUUCCAGAAGUUUUCAAUGGGGUUCAGGUCUGGAGAUUGGGCUGGCCAUGACAGGGUCUUGAUCUGGUGGUCCUCCAUCCACACCUUGAUUGACCUGGCUGUGUGGCAUUGCGCAUUGUCCUGCUGGAAAAACCAAUCAUCAGAGUUGGGGAACAAUGUCAGAGCAAAAGGAAGCAAGUUUUCUUCCAGGACAACCUUGUACGUGGCUUGAUUCAUGCGUCCUUCACAAAAACAAAUCUGCCCGAUUCCAGCCUUGCUGAAGCAACCCCAGAUCAUCACCGAUCCUCCACCAAAUUUCACAGUGGGUGCGAGACACUGUGGCUUGUAGGCCUCUCCAGGUCUCCGUCUAACCAUUAGACGACCAGGUGUUGGGCAAAGCUGAAAAUUGGACUCAUCAGAGAAGAUGACCUUACUCCAGUCCUCUAUGGUCCAAUCCUUAUGGUCUUUUGCAAACCUCAGCCUGGCUCUUCUUUGCUUCUCAUUGAUGAAGGGCUUUUUUCUAGCUUUGCACGACUUCAGCCCUGCCCCUAGGAGCCUGUUUCAAACCGUCCUCGCCGUGCACUUCACCCCAGCUGCCGUUUGCCAUUCUUUUUGUAGGUCACUUGAUGUCAUCCUAGGGUUGUUGAGUGACAUUGGAAUGAGUUGGCGGUCAUCCCAGUCAGUAGAAAGUCGUUUUCGCCUUCUGCCGGUCUGUAGCUUUGUUGUCCCCAAUGUCUGCUGCUUGACCUUGUUCUUAUGAACCGCCGUCUUUGAAAUUUUAAGGAUGGAAGCAACCUGACGCUCACUGUAUCCCUCUGCCAGUAAAGCCAGAAUUGACUUUCCUUUUCAACUCUUUUGGCAUGGUCAAUAGUUAUUUUUUGAUUAAUAUUACUUUUGAGGUACUAUUAGCAUUUUGCCAUCCAGCUGGUCCUAUUGCAAGAGGAUAGUGAUGACCACAGCAGUGGUUUUUAUACUUUUCCUCGUUAAAUAACAUUUAGUUCAGGUGAUCACCUAAUCAGUACCUAAUUCAGUAGAAUGAGGUGUGCCUGUGUUGGAAUUCAACAGACACUGGAAUGGAAUAGCUGUCAUACAUGUAGAGAUGCUGAUUUAAGAAAAAUGUGCAGUGGUCUCUUAAUUUUUUCUACAGCUGUAUAUCGAGGGUCUUAUUCUGGUGACAUGAUCAUUGAUGCUUGUUUGGCUGCCGUUUGACAUACAAAUAAUCUUGCUCUUUUGUUCAUAAUAAUCUCAUCAUGUAGGCUAUAGGCCUUCCUUCACUGUAUCUGCCAGCUGUUGGCUAGAGCGCACUUGCCAAUACCAGAGUGGGCACACUUGCUAUGUAACGCAACAUUUGUUGUGCGAAAACCAUCAGUAGAGUUGAAAUGCAGUGGAAACUCGUUUAACUUGUAUUUCUUAUUCUGUACAUGGGAAUUUAACCAUAAAAGGUAUUUUUAUGUGCUCUACGUCAUCACGCACAACAUUUUAUCCUCAACAAGUCAAUUUGAUGGAAACACAUCUCUGGUGGGAAAAUGCGCAUAUUGGGUUUAAUGCGGAUUUUAGAAUAUUUGCAUGAAAAUCUGUCGCCAAUUGGAUGGAAACCUAUUUUAUGUUUCCUUUUCUUGUUUCUGUUCCUAACACGUCUUUAGUGUGUUUACAAUUUGGUAUAUGGAUUGUGUAACUGUUCUUGUAACAAAGUGGUGAGAGGAUGCAUAUUAGGCUAUAUGAUGCCUAUGCUGAAUGGUACAUUAGCCUACUCAACACUAAAUGUUGGAUUUAAGUCCAUUGGGUCUCGCUGGACUUGUUAUUGGCCUGGCGUAGGCUUUGGAAAUUCAGUCCUGGACCCACAGGAAAUAUAUCCAGCAUUUGGAUUUAAAGAUCUGGUAUUGGACUGACCAUAAUUGUUUGUUUGAGCAACUGAUUGGGAGCCAUGUUGUUCUUAUGGAGUGUAUUACAUAAUGCUUGCAGGUUCCUCCCACUUCUGUUUUGGCCUCAUGUUUUCAUUUUUCUAAGGUGGUCGACUUGACUAGGAAGGAAUUUCAAUGUUGAAGUACUAUCUGGUUGGAUGAUCAAUCUCCAGCAUCUUGUAUUGGUGUCAAAUUGUUAUGCUUGUUGUUAUGCUUGAACAACUCCAAUGUAUGGGCUUAUAUGGCACAAUAAUGCCUUUGGUUAAAUUACUCACCAACCCAGCGUGAGGACAGGGCUUGGUGUAAAGUAUUUCUGUAUCUUUGGAAUACUAGGCCUAUCUUUUUACUACCUUUACUGGCUUCGCCGCAUCUUUGGAUAACUUACCUCUUUACCAACCUAUUUCUUACUGGCUUACCUUUUCUGUUUCUUUCUUUUUUCCUUCCAUCCUUUUUGCUUCAUUCUCUCACUAGGACAAGAGCUCCCCUCUUCUGCCUCCAGACCUGUUAAAAAGUAUAUCAGAUUUUGAGGAGGAGGAAGAGCUGGCCUUUACUAAGCCUCAUGGUUUCUACCAGGCCUUGGCUGGCCCUCUUAGCACUGCUCCAGGACGAAAUAUAUUUGUAUGUAGUUUACUUCUCUUAACGUAAUCCCCCUGGCUUAACCAGCAUGUUAAACAUCAGGACACGUAUUCAUAAAGCCUGCUGAUCUAGGAUCAGUUUUAGAACAUAAUGAAUAAGAUAACAUGGACGGGGGGGGCCUGAUUCGAGGUCAGCACUCCUAUGAGACGCUUUAUGAAUACAGGCCAGAUUCACCUUCACAACUAGUUUUAAGCAGCAUUGUCUGUGACGUGAGUAGAAUACUUGAGUGGUAAGGAUAUGGCUCAUUUAAAUACUGUAAGGCUAACAUGUUAAAUAAGAGUUCAGAAUGUGUACGUAUAUUUUUCCAGGCUAGUGUUGAUAUGAUUGUGUGGUUUUGUUCCUUAUUCUAUGUUAACAGAAGUGGACCCAGUACUGUGCAUUUGGAAGAUUAAGCUAAAUGUUGUGAAUGUUGCAAUGCAUGAUUCCUGUAAAAUGUUGUAGGCAUGCCUACAUUGUCCACAAUGAGAAACAUACAUUUUUGGACAUAAUCAGGUUGAACAUACUUUAACUGGGAUUACAUUAUACAUUUUCCAACAUAUUGUGUAAAUUGCAACCCUAUCAGUAUUAAUAGCAAACAUACAAACUCCUGCAGCGUCGACUAGGGAGAAUGUGCUGAUGGAAUCAAUGACAUUUAUCAGAAGUAUUAGUUAAUACUGUAACUGUUUUCCCCAACUCUCUCCUGUAGUUGCCAAAUCAGUCAAGAAUGGAGAGUGGCUCUGAGGUGAUGGGCCAGUCGUCUUCUCUCAUGCCCUUAUCUGGGUUCCCAAUUCAGGUCUGUAUGUAUGCAUGGGAAAAUCUCUGCCCUGCCUCCAGACUUGUUUUGACUUCUGUUUGUGUGUGGAAAGGAAAAUGUCUGCAGCAUCUCACAGGCAGUAGUUUAAGGUCACUGUGAGCCAGAUUUGUUACUGUAGUCUCACUGAGCUUCUUUAAGGAUGUUUGCUCUUUAAUACCAGUUGGGUUUUAAAUGCCAUGUUUAAUGUUGAUAACUAAAGGGGUAUGUAUGACUGGCAUUUUGAUCGUAUGACAAAGGCCUAAUUGUGUAUGUUGUUUUUCUUGGUUUAGGAGAGUUCCUAUCAAAACAACAGCAUUUUCAGCCAGGCCUAUGGGAAGAACAUGGCUCCCAACCCCAAGCCUGAUGCUCCCAUGCUUCACCAGGAACCUUCUCUCUACUCCCUGUUUGAAGGAACUCCAUGGUCCCCGUCCCUCCCCGCCAGCUCAGGUACCUGCCUCCGCUCUCUUCUUCCCCACUUUUCACACCAAGCUGUCCAUAAACAUCACAACAGUACCCCUGUUAGUGUUAAAUAACACGCCUAGCAUCUGAAAGGGUCGAUAUUUCAAUAUAAUCGUAUUGAAAAACAUUUCAUAAAGGCAGAAAUUAUCCGUUAGAAAUUAAGACAUAUUUGCAUGUACAGUAAUCCCUCGUUUAUCGCGGGGGUUACGUUCCGAAAAUGACCCGCGAUAAGUGAAAUCCGCGAAAUAGAAAACUUUUUUUUUUUACAAUUAGCAACUAUUACAUGUAUACAAAUACAGUGACUCACGUGUAGGCCGUUUCACUGCUCUUCAGACUGGGCCGCUGCAUCCUGACUGCGCUCUGCAGUGUUCUCUUCUUCUGAAGCCCGCGGUGCAGGUGUGUUUGUUCGGGAGAAGAACAUAGUGAUAGGCAGCUGUUGUCGCUCUUUUUUCUUCUUUGCAAAAAGAUCCUUGUACACCGACAUGCCACCAUCGAUUACGUUGGAGAACUGUAAUGAACGGCUCAUCAAAGGGUCCCAUUCCUCACGGCUGCAUAGCUUUUACCUUCCCUUAGCAUGUCCAGAAGUUUAACUUUAUCUGAGAUAGGUAGCAUCUUCCGCCGUUUGGGCCCAUCCGCAGGUGCUUUUGUCGGUCCAGGCCGUUUCGUCGACAUUAUGGGUUUAGGAGAUGUUCGAAAUUACAAGAUAAUUUGGCCAACUUAAUGUAAAUUUGCCAAGCUGUUUUAUGUACGUACACAUAACUGCACGAGACGACAAAAUGAUAGCACAAUUCGUAGCAUGUUUUGAUACAAGAAGCGGGAGUGAGUUUUUAGCGAAUCAGAAUGCAGAGCACAAUGCACCAAAAAAAAAAAAAUGCAUUAUGAAAAUCCGCGAAAUAGCGAAUCCGCGAUAAGUGAACCGCGAAGUGGCGAGGGAUCACUGUACUUUUAUUAGAUUAUAAUUACAUUAUUAUAUUUCUCCAUUUCCAUAACAGACCACUCUACACCAGCAAGCCAGUCCCCCCACUCUUCCAACCCAAGCAGUUUACCCUCUUCUCCACCCACGCACAACCAUGGCUCCGUCCCCUUCUCUAACUUCGGCCCCAUAGGAACACCCGACAGCAGAGACAGGAGGAUGGUCGACCGCUGGAAGGUAGAAAAGACGGGUAAGUCAACCUCUGGAAUCUAAAUGUAUACAUUUUAUCCCUCUACCUCUUAUACCCACUGAUAUAUGUAAUGAAUGUCAUGUUUCGUAUAACAAUUUAGACUUUUCUAGACAUUUUGUGAAGUUAUUCUUAAGUCAUGUCGUUUAUAAUUUAUAAUGAAAACCUCUGUUUUUGUCCAGUAGCUGUGAGUGGGUUUGGUUUGGACUACCUGCCUGCUGCGUCGUCCUCUUCAGACCACCGAACCCCUGAGAACAGCUGGCACCAGGGGAACGCCCCCAGUAGCUCCUGGGCCGCCCAGGAGUUGCCCAUGGAAGACUCCUCCACUGUGCUCCUGGACAGUCUGAAGGUACCACACGACACACACACAACUUUCUUACCUUUUAGGGUUGCAAAAGUCUGGUAACUUUCCCCAAAUUCCCACGUUUUCAAGAAAUCCCAGUUAGAGAAUUCCCGGAUUACAAGCUUAUUCCCUACUGAUUCAAGGAAUAUUCCAACCGGGACUUCUGGAAAACCUCCGAAUUUUGGGAAAGUUACCGGACUAAAGCCACCUUUAGUAGUUUAGAAUUAUGCGAUGUCACCUUUAUUGCCACUUAUAUCACCCCAACAGUAUUCUAGGUCCUGUCUAGGGCUGUUGCGGUGACUGUAUUACUGCCACACCGGCAGUCAUGAGUCAUGACUGCAGUAAAAUUCUACGUGACCGUUGAGUCACAGUAAUCUCCUCCUAUGCAGUCUGGCAUUGUGUUAGUAGCACCCAACUCGCUAACGAUCAUCAGGUCAUUAAUGGCCUGGAACUCAGGGCUCUAUUGUCCCUCUAACCACUCUGACAUCAAUGCAAAUGCAUUCAAAAAUCACAUAAAACUAGGGCUGACCCCAAUUAUUCGACUGGUCGAUAGGCUGUUGGUAGACCAAUAUUAAUUUUUAGUCGAGCAGUAGCAUAUAGAUAGAUAGAUAAAUACAUCUAUGGCAAACGAUAUGCCCAUCUCAGUGAUUGCGGAAGGCCGCGGGGAUGGCACAGUCCAAGAAGAAGGGGAGUGUGGCUGCACAAUGCACGUCUCUCUCCAGCAUGCGCGCUCUCCUGCCAAUUUGUGCACAUUCAUUGUUUCAUAAAUUAAUUGUGUGAAUUUGAUUAUUAGUGUCAAUCAAUUCCCCAUUACAUAUAUCACCAGUAGUACAUUUACCGUUAAUUCCUAUAAUUUCUUAUCUACAAUGUUUGUUUGGUUACGGUAAUGUUUGUUAUUGUAUUCAAUAAAGGAUUUCAGUCUUUUACCGUUAUCAUUGUCGGAAUGGACACAUUGUUUGCAGAGUGCACAACCUACGCUACAAAUCAAAUCACAUUUUAUUUGUCACAUACGCCGAAUACAAUAGGUGUAGGCCUUACUGUGAAAUGCUUACUUACAAGCCCUUAACCAACAAUGCAGUUCAAGAAAUAGAGUUAAGAAAAUAUUGACUAAAUAAACUAAAGUAAAAAAUAAAAUAAAAAGUAAGACAAUAAAAUAACAAUACCGAGGCUAUAUACAGGGGGUCCCGGUACAGAGUCAAUGUGCGGGGGUACAGGUUAGUCGAGGUAAUUUGUACAUGUAGGUAGGGGUAAAGUGACUAUGCAUAGAUAAUAAACAGCGAGUAGCAGCAGUGUAAAAACAAAGGGGUGGGGUCGUCAAUGUAAAUAGUCUGGGUAGCCAUUUGAUUAAUUGUUCAGCAGUCUUAUGUCUUGGGGGUAGAAGCUGUUAAGGAGCCUUUUGGACAUAGACUUGGCACUACGGUACCGCUUGCCAUGCGGUAGCAGAGAGAACAGUCUGACUUGGGUGACUGGCGUCUUUGACAAUUCUUUGGGCCUUCCUCUAACACCGUCUAGUAUAUAGGUCCUGGAUGGCAGGAAGCUUGGCCCCAGUGAUGUACUGGGCUGUACACACUACCCUCUGUAGCGCCUUACGGUCGGAUGCCGAGCAGUUGCCAUACCAGGCGAUGAUGCAACCGGUCAGGAUGCUCUUGAUGAUGCAGCUGUAUAACUUUUUGAGGAUUUGGGGACCCAUGCCAAAUCUUUUCAGUCUCCUGAGUGGCGCAGUGGUCUAAGGCACUGCAUCGCAGUGCUAACUGUGCCACUAGAGAUCCUGGUUCGAAUCCAGGCUCUGUCACAGCCGGCCGCGACCGGGAGACUCAUGGGCGGCGCGCAAUUGGCCCAGCGUCGUCCAGGGUAGGGGAGGGAAUGGCCGGCAGGGAUGUAGCUCAGUUGAUAGAGCAUGGCGUUUGCAAUGCUAGGGUUGUGGGUUCAAUUCCCACGGGGGGCCAGUAUAAAAAAAAUAUAUAUAUAUGUAUUCACUAACUGUAAGUCGCUCUGGAUAAGAGCGUCUGCUAAAUGACUAAAAUGUAAAUGUAAAUGAAAAGGUGUUGUCGUGCCCUCUUCACGACUGUCUUGGUGUGUUUGGACCAUGAUAGUUUGGUUAUGUGGACACCAAGGAACUUAACUCACGACCCGCUCCACUACAGCCCUGUCGAUGUGAAUACACUUCUGAGAAACAAGUUUUGUUUUAUUUCAUUCCAUUUAAGAGUUUUGUCAAUUUGUCUUUUGUUUGGAGCGCUCCUGUCAAUGUUGAGUAAGGACACGCACCUGAUUACUCAUAGAAGUAGGCCAUAGGCUACCUGGCCUGCGCGCAAAUGUAGGCAUAUAUAAAUGUGCCCAUUUGGGGAUCUGAUAAUAUUUGUGAUUGGCUUAAUGCACCACCACUAAUGAGCUGUGGGGCUUCUCAAAGUAAUGUUUUCUUCACCUCAAACAGCAAGCAAAGGAAGUCUGUUUUUACAUCCAUUGAGAAUGACAACUCAAAGUAUUUGAAAAGUCUUUCCUGCUUUCUCCCUUUCGAUAACCAUUCAGCGUGAAAGGGAAAAUGUCAUGCUCUGACCCAGUGGAAACGUCAUAAAAUAGGCCUACCUGAUUACUACUUAUCCCUUGCGCAAAUAGCCAGCCUACAGCUGUGUCUGUCUCGAGCUCACUGGCUCGGUAAACUCUGAGGGCCCAGAAUAUUUUAUACAAUGUUGCGAGGAGCUUCAGGCAUAGUUGAUACAAUGUUUAAAGUUAGUUUCAGACAGGCCAUGAGUAGUAAUAUUUAUUUUUAUCAGGAUAUUUUCUACCUGCAGGCUGCAAUGUUUUUAUUUGUUGGCUUUAUAGGCUAUUUUUACAUAGUUGGCAUUGGCAAUAGAAGUUACUUUUUACGUUUGGAUAGAAUAUUGAUUAACCACAUGACAAUGAUAUACGAAGACGUUACUAUAAAUGAAACUGUUCCACAAAAAUGUGCAUCUAAAAACCACCACUGGCACGCAGAUCGGUAGAAAUGGUAAGAUAAAUUGGCAUUCCACAUGAGAAAGUUUGCAGACUCUUCGUGUAGCCUAUUACCGGCAACUUCAGGAGUGUAACGGCAGAAUCUGCGAAAGCCAGUAAGCGCCCUCUUCAGUAAUUGUCUUAUUUCAUCAAACAGUGAGCUUAAAGCAUCAGACAAGCUCUAUGUGUGUAUGUAUGUAUGUAUGUAUGUAUGUAUUAUAUACAGUUGAAGUCGGAAGUUUACAUACACCUCAGCCAAAUACAUUUAAACUCUGUUUUUCACAAUUCCUGACAUUUAAUCCUAGUAAAAAUGCAGUGCUUUAGGUCAGUUAGGAUCACCACAUCAUUUUCAGAAUGUGAAAUGUCAGAAUAAUAGUAGAGUGAUUUUAUUUCAGCUUUUAUUUAUUUCAUCACAUUCCCAGUGGGUCAGAAGGUUACAUACACUCAAUUAGUAUUUGGUAGCAUUGCCUUUAAAUUGUUUAACUUGGGUCAAACGUUUCGGGUAGCCUUCCACAAGCUUCCCACAAUAAGUUGGGUGAAUUUUGGCCCAUUCCUCCUGACAGAGCUGGUGGAACUGAGUCAGGAUUGUAGGCCUCCUUGCUCGCACACGCGUUUUCAGUUCUGCCCACACAUUUUCUAUAGGGUUGAGGUCAGGGCUUUGUGAUGGCCACUCCAAUACCUUGGCUUUGUUAUCCUUAAGUCAUUUUGCCACAACUUUGGAAGUAUGCUUGGGGUCAUUGUCCAUUUGGAAGACCCAUUGGUGACCAAGCUUUAACUUCCUGACUGAUGUCUUGAGAUGUUGCUUCAAUAUAUCCACAUAAUUUUCAUUCCUCGUGAUGCCAUCUAUCUUGUGAAGUGCACCAGUCCCUCCUGCAGCAAAGCACCCCCACAACAUGAUGCUGCCACCUAUGUGCUUCAUGGUUGGGAUGGUGUUCUUCAGCUUGCAAACAACCCCCUUUUUCCUCCAAACAUAACAAUGGUCAUUAUGGCCAAACAGUUCUAUUUUUGUUUCAUCAGACCAGAGGACAUUUCUCCAAAAAGUACGAUCUUUGUCCCCAUGUGCAGUUGCAAACCGUAGUCUGGCUUUUUUAUGGUGGUUUUGGAGCAGUGGCUUCUUCCUUGCUGAGUGGCCUUUCAGGUUAUGUCGAUAUAGGACUUGUUUUACUGUGGAUAUAGAUACUUUUGUACCUGUUUCCUCCAGCAUCUUCACAAGGUCCUUUGCUGUUCUGGAAUUGAUUUGCACUUUUCGCACCAAAGUACGUUAAUCUCUAGGAGACAGAACGCGUCUCCUUCCUGAGCGGUAUGACGGCUGCGUGGUCCCAUGGUGUUUAUACUUGCGGACUAUUGUUUGUACAGAUGAACGUGGUACCUUCAGGCGUUUGGAAAUUGCUCCCAAGGAUGAACCAGACUUGUGGAGGUCUACAAUUGUUUUUCUGAGGUCUUGGCUGAUUUCUUUUGAUUUUCCCAUGAUGUCAAACAAAGAGGCACUGAGUUUGAAGGUAGGCCUUGAAAUACAUCCACAGGUACACCUCCAAUUGACUCAAAUGAUGUCAAUUAGCCUAUCAGAAGCUUCUAAAGCCAUGACAUCAUUUUCUUGAAUUUUCCAAGCUGUUUAAAGGCACAGUCAACUUAGUGUAUGUAAACUUUUGACCCACUGGAAUUGUGAUACAGUGAAUUAUAAGUGAAAUAAUCUGUCUGUAAACAAUUGUUGGAAAAAUGACUUGUGUCAUGCACAAAGUAGAUGUCCUAACCGACUUGCCAAAACUAUAGUUUGUUAACAAUAAACAAGAAAUUUGUGGAGUGGUUGAAAAAUGAGUUUUAAUGACUCCAACCUAAGUGUAUGUAAACUUCCGACUUCAACUGUAAUAAAUAUAUAUAUAUAUAUAUAUACACAGUGAGGGGAAAAAAGUAUUUGAUCCCCUGCUAAUUUUGUAUGUUUGCCCACUGACAAAGACAUGAUCAGUCUAUAAUUUUAAUGGUAGGUUUAUUUGAACAGUGAGAGACAGAAUAACAACAAAAAAAUCCAGAAAAACGCAUGUCAAAAAUGUUAUGAAUUGAUUUGCAUUUUAAUGAGGGAAAUAAGUAUUUGACCCCUCUGCAAAACAUGACUUAGUACUUGGUGGCAAAACCCUUGUUGGCAUUCACAGAGGUCAGACGUUUCUUGUAGUUGGCCACCAGGUUUGCACACAUAAAGGAGGGAUUUUGUCCCACUCCUCUUUGCAGAUCUUCUCCAAGUCAUUAAGCUUUCGAGGCUGACGUUUGGCAACUCGAACCUUCAGCUCCCUCCUCAUAUUUUCUAUGGGAUUAAGGUCUGGAGACUGGCUAGGCCACUCCAGGACCUUAAUGUGCUUUUCUUGAGCCACUCCUUUGUUGCCUUGGCCGUGUGUUUUGGGUCAUUGUCAUGCUGGAAUACCCAUCCACGACCCAUUUUCAAUGCCCUGGCUGAGGGAAGGAGGUUCUCACCCAAGAUUUGACGGUACAUGGCCCCGUCCAUCGUCCCUUUGAUGCGGUGAAGUUGUCCUGUCGCCUUAGCAGAAAAACACCCUCAAAGCAUAAUGUUUCCACCUCCAUGUUUGACGGUGGGGAUGGUGUUCUUGGGGUCAUAGGCAGCAUUCCUCCUCCUCCAAACAUGGCGAGUUGAGUUGAUGCCAAAGAGCUCGAUUUUUGUCUCAUCUGACCACAACACUUGCACCCAGUUCUCCUCUGAAUCAUUCAGAUGUUCAUUGGCAAACUUCAGACGGGCAUGUAUACAGUGAGGGAAAAAAGUAUUUGAUCCCCUGCUGAUUUUGUACGUUUGCCCACUGACAAAGAAAUGAUCAAUCUAUAAUUUUAAUGGUAGGUUUAUUUGAACAGUGAGAGACAGAAUAACAACAACAAAAUCCAGAAAAACGCAUGUCAAAAAUGUUAUAAAUUGAUUUGCAAUUUAAUGAGGGAAAUAAGUAUUUGACCCCUCUGCAAAACAUGACUUAGUCCUUGCUGGCAAAACCCUUGUUGGCAAUUACAGAGGUCAGAUGUUUCUUGUAGGAGGGAUUUUGUCCCACUCCUCUUUGCAGAUUUUCUCCAAGUCAUUAAGGUUUCGAGCCUGACGUUUGGCAACUCGAACCUUCAGCUCCCUCCACAGAUUUUCUAUGGGAUUAAGGUCUGGAGACUGGCUAGGCCACUCCAGGACCUUAAUAUGCUUCUUCUUGAGCCACUCCUUUGUUGCCUUGGCCGUGUGUUUUGGGUCAUUGUCAUGCUGGAAUAGCCAUCCACAACCCAUUUUCAAUGCCCUGGCUGACGGAAGGAGGUUCUCACCCAAGAUUUGACGGUACAUGGCCCCGUCCAUCGUCCCUUUGAUGCGGUGAAGUUGUCCUGUCCCCUUAGCAGAAAAACACCCCCAAAGCAUAAUGUUUCCACCUCCAUGUUUGACGGUGGGGAUGGUGUUCUUGGGGUCAUAGGCAGCAUUCCUCCUCCUCCAAACAUGGCGAGUUGAGUUGAUGCCAUAGAGCUCGAUUUUGGUCUCAUCUGACCACAAGACUUUCACCCAGUUCUCCUCUGAAUCAUUCAGAUGUUCAUUGGCAAACUUCAGAUGGCCCUGCAUAUGUGCUUUCUUGAGCAGGGGGACCUUGCAGGCGCUGCAGUAUUUCAGUCCUUCACGGUGUAGUGUGUUACCAAUUGUUUUCUUGGUGACUAUGGUCCCAGCUGCCUUGAGAUCAUUGACAAGAUCCUCCCGUGUAGUUCUGGGCUGAUUCCUCACCGUUCUCAUGAUCAUUGCAAUUCCACGAGGUGAGAUCUUGCAUGGAGCCCCAGGCCGAGGAAGAUUGACAGUUAUUUUGUGUUUCUUCCAUUUGCGAAUAAUCGCACCAACUGUUGUCACCUUCUCACCAAGCUGCUUGGCGAUGGUCUUGUAGCCCAUUCCAGCCUUGUGUAGGUCUACAAUCUUGUCCCUGACAUCCUUGGAGAGCUCUUUGGUCUUGGCCAUGGUUGAGAGUUUGGAAUCUGAUUGAUUGCUUCUGUGGACAGGUGUCUUUUAUACAGGUAACAAACUGAGAUUAGGAGCAUUCCCUUUAAGAGUGUGCUCCUAAUCUCAGCUCGUUACCUGUAUAAAAGACACUUGGGAGCCAGAAAUCUUUCUGAUUGAGAGGGGAUCAAAUACUUAUUUCCCUCAUUUAAAAUGCAAAUCAAUUUAUAAAAUUUUUGACAUGUGUUUUUCUGGAUUUUUGUUGUUGUCAUUCUGUCUCUCACUGUUCAAUUAAACCUACCGUUAAAAUUAUAGACUGAUCAUUUCUUUGUCAGUGGGCAAAUGUACAAAAUCAGCAGGGGAUCAAAUACUUUUUUCCAUCACUGUAUAUGGGAAAAAUACACAUUUCAAUUUUUUGACCAAUCGAUUGGUUGAAAGAAAGAAAAGAGUACUCUCGGUCAACCAAGAUUUUUUUAGUUGGGGACAGCCCUACAUUAAACACUUAUCAUCAAAACAGUAUGUGCUUUUUAAAACUCGCCUCACUGUGAUUUGAUCAAUUUGAAGAAAGAAGUUCAACAACAGGUUGAAACUGAGUGGAAAACAUGGUCAUUGUGGAUGUUGUUUCAAAGCCUAACACAAUGAAAUGGACAGCGCUUUCUAAGGUGAUUGAUUAAUUCAAAACACCAUAUGCAUAUUGGAGCUUAUGCAUACGUAUAGGCCUAUACAGUGGGGGAAAAAAGUAUUUAGUCAGCCACCAAUUGUGCAAGUUCUCCCACUUAAGAUGAGAGAGGCCUGUAAUUUUCAUCAUAGGUACACGUCACCUAUGACAGACAAAUUGAGAGAAAAAAAAUCCAGAAAAUCACAUUGUAGGAUUUUUUAUGAAUUUAUUUGCAAAUUAUGGUGGAAAAUAAGUAUUUGGUCACCUACAAACAAGCAAGAUUUCUGGCUCUCACAGACCUGUAACUUCUUCUUUAAGAGGCUCCUCUGUCCUCCACUCGUUACCUGUAUUAAUGGCACCUGUUUGAACUUGUUAUCAGUAUAAAAGACACCUGUCCACAACCUCAAACAGUCACACUCCAAACUCCACUAUGGCCAAGACCAAAGAGCUGUCAAAGGACACCAGAAACCAAAUUGUAGACCUGCACCAGGCUGGGAAGACUGAAUCUGCAAUAGGUAAGCAGCUUGGUUUGAAGAAAUCAACUGUGGGAGCAAUUAUUAGGAAAUGGAAGACAUACAAGACCACUGAUAAUCUCCCUCGAUCUGGGGCUCCACGCAAGAUCUCACCCCGUGGGGUCAAAAUGAUCACAAGAACGGUGAGCAAAAAUCCCAGAACCACACGGGGGGACCUAGUGAAUGACCUGCAGAGAGCUGGGACCAAAGUAACAAAGCCUACCAUCAGUAACACACUACGCCGCCAGGGACUCAAAUCCUGCAGUGCCAGACGUGUCCCCCUGCUUAAGCCAGUACAUGUCCAGGCCCGUCUGAAGUUUGCUAGAGUGCAUUUGGAUGAUCCAGAAGAGGAUUGGGAGAAUGUCAUAUGGUCAGAUGAAACCAAAAUAGAACUUUUUGGUAAAAACUCAACUCGUCGUGUUUGGAGGACAAAGAAUGCUGAGUUGCAUCCAAAGAACACCAUACCUACUGUGAAGCAUGGGGGUGGAAACAUCAUGCUUUGGGGCUGUUUUUCUGCAAAGGGACCAGGACGACUGAUCCGUGUAAAGGAAAGAAUGAAUGGGGCCAUGUAUCGUGAGAUUUUGAGUGAAAACCUCCUUCCAUCAGCAAGGGCAUUGAAGAUGAAACGUGGCUGGGUCUUUCAGCAUGACAAUGAUCCCAAACACACCGCCCGGGCAACGAAGGAGUGGCUUCGUAAGAAGCAUUUCAAGGUCCUGGAGUGGCCUAGCCAGUCUCCAGAUCUCAACCCCAUAGAAAAUCUUUGGAGGGAGUUGAAAGUCCGUGUUGCCCAGCGACAGCCCCAAAACAUCACUGCUCUAGAGGAGAUCUGCAUGGAGGAAUUGGCCAAAAUACCAGCAACAGUGUGUGAAAACCUUGUGAAGACUUACAGAAAACGUUUGACCUGUGUCAUUGCCAACAAAGGGUAUAUAACAAAGUAUUGAGAAACUUUUGUUAUUGACCAAAUACUUAUUUUCCACCAUAAUUUGCAAAUAAAUUCAUUAAAAAUCCUACAAUGUGAUUUUCUGGAUUUUUUUUCUCAUUUUGUCUGUCAUAGUUGACGUGUACCUAUGAUGAAAAUUACAGGCCUCUCUCAUCUUUUUAAGUGGGAGAACUUGCACAAUUGGUGGCAAUUGGUGGCUGACCCAAGCCCGAAAACCCCCCUGAAAUUAAAAUUGUGCCGUUAUACAAUACAUAGCCUACAGCAUAUUACACACGGCAGAAAAACAUAAAAAUGCUGAUUUAAUAUACACUACAUGACCCAAACUAUGUGGACGCCUGCUCGUCGAACAUCUCAUUCCAAAAUCAUGGGCAUUAAUAUGGAGUUGCUCCCCCCUUUGCUGCUAUAACAGCCUCCACUGUUCUGGGAAGGCUUUCCACAAGAUGUUGGAACAUUGCUGAAGGGACUUGCUUCCAUUCAGCAACGAGCAUUAGUGAGGUCAGCAUUAGUGAGGUCGGUCACUGAUGUUGGGCGAUUAGGCCUGGCUCGCAGACGGCGUUCCAAUUCAUCCCAAAGGUGUUCGAUGGGGUUGAGGUCAGGGCUCUGUACAUGCCAGUCGAGUUCUUCCACACCGAUCUUGACAAACCAUUUCUGUAUGGACCUCGCUUUGUGCACAGGGGCAUUGUCAUGCUAAAACAGGAAAGGGCCUUCCCCAAACUCUUGCCACAAAGUUGGAAGCACAGAAUCGUCUAGAAUGUCAUUGUAUGCUGUAGCGUUAAGAUUUCGCUUCACUGGAACUAAGUGGCCUAGCCCGAACCAUGAAAAACAGCCCCAGACCAUUAUUCCUACUCCAUCAGACUUUACAGUUGACACUAUGCAUUGGGGCAGGUAGUGUUCUCCUGGCAUCCGCCAAACCCAGAUUCAUCCGUCGGACUGCCAGAUGGUGAAGCGUGAUUCGUCACUCCAGAGAACGCGUUUCCACUGCUCCAGAGUCCAAUGGCGGCAAGCUUUACACCACUCAAGCCGACGCUUGGCAUUGCGCAUGGUGAUCUUAGGCUUGUGUGCGGCUGCUCAGCAAUGGAAACCCAUUUCAUGAAGCUCCCGGUGAACAGUUAUUGUGCUGACGUUGCUUCCAGAGGCAGUUUGGAACUCUGUAGUGAGUGUUGCAACCGAGGAAAGACGAUUUUUAUGCGCUACAGCACUCGGCAGUCCAGUUCUGUGAGCUUGUGUGGCCUACCACUUCACGGCUGAGCCGUUGUUGCUCCUAGACGUUUCCACUUCAUAAUAACAGCACUUAAAGUUGACCGGGGCAGCUGUAGCAGGGCAUGAAAUUUGCUGAACUGACUUGUUGGAAAGGUGGCAUCCUAUGACAGUGCCUCGUUGAGUCAUCUGAGCUCUUCAGUAAGGCCAUUCUAAUGCCAAUGUUUGUCUACGGAGAUUGCAUGGCUGUGUGCUCGAUUUGAUACACCUGUCAGCAAUGGGUAUGGCCAAAUCCACUAAUUUGAAGGGGUGUCCACAUACUUUUGUGUAUGUAUAGUGUAUAUUUGGUACAUAAUUGGUCUAGCCUAAAUUUUAACAAAUUCAGAGUUAGUGUAAAGUGGAGUGUUGUAGAAAACCGAAGGACCGUGAAUGUAAUAAGAAACCUUAGGUGCUGGCUUAAGGCCUGUAGCAACCACUACAGAAUGUCCGGUCAGAACAAGGAUGAGGCGGGUGUUCAGGUUAAGGGGAGUUUAAUGGAAUAAGAUAUCCACACACAUCUGACCACUCAUGGUUCAGAUAACUUUGAAUCAUGUCCAGUGACAACUGACAUUAACUAUGUGCUUGUUUAGAUGCACGCACAAUUAAACAUCAGACAUACAGGGAUUCAGUCCACAUGAGGAAAAGUUGAGCAGGAGGGAAAACUGUGGAAGUGCUCAUCAGGAUGGGGAAAGCACGUUUCUGACCAUACAGCGUGCUGGGUCAUAGACUAACUGAAACUGAAGUCCUGGGAAUCAAGGCCACUGAUAGGCUGAACGAGAUGUGGUGAUAAGUAUUUGGCGUGACAUUAACCAAUAAGACACUAACAAAAGUGGGGGUCCUCUGAAUGUGAGACUAAGCUGCCCGACUAGAACUAACCAGAAGGGAUGGCUAGAAUCAUCUGACUGAAGCUGGCCAUUUUAACAGUUAGGCUACAUUUAUAUUGAGUUUGUAUUUGAUUUUAAAUAGCCUAGUAAUAGGCCAUGUUUUGUAUUUUCAUCAUUAAUAGGCUGGCACUACCUUUUUAACUACUGAAUAUCUCACCACCAUGCAUUUCCAUAUCCUCCCCUCUCUCCUUCAUUCCUUUCUCCAGUGCGCAGAGAGAGGGUCUGUCAACAGUUUAAUUCAAUAUGUUUCAUUGUGAAAACAUGUUACUAUCGAUGUUCCCGAACAUAUUUCACUUGGUUUCUAAAAUUAAGCACUGGGUAGCUGUAGGAACAGGGUUGGAGAGCACAUGGCAUACAGAGUUUGGGCGGAAUAUCACCUGUUGCGCAACGAAAUAAACGGAGUAGCCUACCUGACGAGUGAAAAAUGUACCAGCGAGAAAGUGGCCUCCAUUUGCUAUUCGAGUGCAUACAGAUGACAUGUCUUGCCCCUGUUCCUGCCCAUUUGAUAAUGGGCCAUUCUAAAUCGGAACUAAUUUUAUAUAUUAAUAAAGAUGUCUAAAUUGAGAAUAUUCUAAUGGGUGAAAAAUAUAACUUGAUGAGAGAACAGCGUGUGCAGACUGAGGCAAGGAACAGAGCGUAAGCUUUUUUUUGCGACUUUUUCGAAGACUCUAUAGCCUAUAGUCGCAUCAUGCAGCCCAUAUUUCUAAGACAUUCUAAGGUUUGUAUCAUAACUCUAAGUCUAGCGUAUAAGACCCGUUUCAAAUGAUAAUUUUUACGCUCAACAUAGCCACUUCAUAUGCGCACUCGCUCAGGAAUGGAAAAAAUAUCCUUUCUAUUUUAUUCAGCUAAGUUCAAUUAUAUUCUUACUAUAAAAUCAUGUAAUAUAAAAUAAUGGUACAGGUAUUCUUAGCAUAUCUUGCCAGCUAAAUGAACAAGCUUACAGCCUAUGGCAUGGAGCAUAGCCAGAUAACAUGCAGUAGGCCAACUCAUAUUCUGUUCUUCUGAAAUACAAUUUCUUCAUAUCAUAAUGUUUGUUUAGACCUGCCUAAAAUAAAUGGAUUUAAUGUGAUGGUGUAUAUUCAAUAGAUUUAUUAGACUUUUUUAAAUGUAGAUGUUCCACAGCCAUGCAUUAGCGGCUUGUAUGCGUGGAGUCCUGGAGAUGCUAAACGUGUUUGUUAAUUAACGGUAAAUUACCAUGACAAUAACUGGCUGACAGAAUUUCAUGACCGCCACAGCCCAGAUUGUUAAAUUCCUUUUGCUAUGCAGAUUUUUUAAAAAUCUAACUCUGUGCUCCCCAGUCCAUCUGGUCCAGCUCCAUGAUGCAGCCGGGGCCGUCGGCCCUGGAGCAGCUCCUCAUGCAGCAGAAGCAGAAGCAGCAGAGGGGCCGGGGCACCAUGAACCCUCCACACUGA